AUGGAUCAGUAUGUUGUCCAAGAAUCAUCUCCACCUAAUGCACCAUCAGCCUUCGGGGAAUGGUCGACUGGUCUAUGCAACUGUGUUUCUGAUGUUUCAAAUUGUUGUGUAACAUUUUGGUGUUGCAAAACAAUUGGUCAGAUUGCUGAGAUUAUAGAUAAAGGAUCGACUUCUUGUAAAGCAAGUGCAGCAAUUUACACUCUUGUAGCCUUGGUUACGGGGUGUACAUGCAUAUACUCUCGCUUUUAUCGUUCUAGGAUGGGAAAGCAAUACAUGCUGUCAGGGGAUCCGUGUGCGGAUUGUUUAGUUCAUUUUUGUUGCGAAAAUUGUGCAUUGUGCCAAGAGUAUCGGGAGCUCAAAAACCGGGGAUUUGACAUGUCCCUUGGAUGGCAUGGAAAUGUGGGGAAACAGAAUCCUGCAACAAUAAUGGCACCAGGCGUUGAUGAAGGAAUGAGUAGAUAA